AUGCAUCUUUACGAGGCAACAGUUAAGUACAAAGAGAAAGUGCAAGAUUAUUCAUUGUCAUGCGUCAGCAUUGUGAUCAAUGAAAAUGAUAGCAUUGGCAGUUGGGGUAGAAAGAACAAGGGUGAACUUGCUCAGUUGCUCCAUGCUCUUGCUGUCUAUAAAGGCUUACUGCAACUUCUCAACUUACAGGCUGCCCUGCAGACCAAAAGACACAAAAAGAAGAUGUGCACACUGGAAAAGCGAGGUAACAUCUUCGUAUUGACACUAACUGACAAUGAUGAGCACCGGUUACACCCGGUCCUCAUCAACUCCAUCAGUGCUGCUCUCCGCCAGGCCAGAGCAGAAGCCACAGGCCCGUCAGUUUUGAUAACCACAGCACAAGGGAAGUUCUUCUGCAAUGGCUACAACCUUAAUUGGCUCUUACAGGACGCUGCUCGCCGCUCAAAGAUCAUGUGCUCCCUUGUCCAACGACUUGUGGCUGACUUCUUCGCUCUUCCCAUGCCCACCAUCGCUGCCCUCACUGGCCAUGCCUGUGGCGGUGGCUUUGGACUCGCGCUCUGCCAUGACUAUAUUCUAAUGUGGCGUGACAGAGGGUUCCUUUGCAUGAACGAGCUUGAUAUCGGGCGCAAGCUGCCAGCCUGGUUCUUCGCUCUCAUGAAACACAAGAUCGCAUCCCCCUCAGCUCAGCGCGACAUUGCCUUGAGAGCCACUAUGCUGACAGGCGACAUGGCGCUCCAGAAAGGCAUCGUUCACUCGGUUUACAACAGUGCAGAGGAGACCUUUAAAGCAGCUGAACAACUGGGGUUAGAACUGGUGAGCAGAAACUGGAAUGGAAAGAUAUAUGCCGAGAUGAGGACAACCAUGUUUGCCGAGGUACUGCACUUGCUCCAAAACGAUGACACUGCCGAAAACGAGACCGUUGAGAUUGCCUCUCGACUGUAA